CUGAAAGCAUGUUGCUCGUGGCUGUUGUUCUGUUCUGUCCUUCAUUCCCCGCUAAUAUUUGUUUCAGGAACACCAAAGAUUUCGUGCAAAGAAAACGAUCUCUCGUUGGAUAUCGUAACAUCACAGCCAUUCAGAGGCAACAUCUUUGUAAAGGGUCGCGCCAGGGAACCAUCGUGCCGACAAUCCUAUUCCGCCAACAGUUCUAAUCUGUAUUCGUUAUCGUUAGGGAAAUGUGGAAUGCAACGGCUUAGAUCAGUCAAUCCUCGAGGUGUCAACUUUGUAGUCACUGUUAUUGUUUCAUUUCAUCCAGCAGGUUUUAUAACUAAAAAUGAUCGCGCGUUUCAUGUAAAAUGCUUCUACAUGGAAACUGAUGAAACAGUUACAUCUGGAAUAAACGUCAGCACAAUUCCAACGGUGGAAUUACAUGACACCCUGAAGAUGCCAACCUGUGUCUAUUCGGUACGAAAAGAUAGCCCAAAUGGUCCUGAACUUUCGUUUGCCAAUGUUGGAGAAAGGGUCUACCACGUCUGGGAAUGCUCAGGGGCAGAUAUGGGAAUGUUGGUAAAAAACUGCGUUGUUACCAACGGUGAAGGAGAACGGCAUAUUGUUCUCGAUGACGUUUUCAGAUGCUCAACUGAUCCAGCUUUGCUAAGUGAACUGCAGUAUGACAGGUCGCUUAUGAGCGCAUUCGCUCAAAGUCAAGCGUUUAAGUAUGCAGACUCAAAUCAAUUAUUUUUCACAUGCCAAAUUCGGCUGUGUCAAAAAGCCAUGGGUCUCUGCAAAGAUAUAACGGUGAAUGAACUUUAUUCUUUGUGGCUUGCGCCAUGGUGUCUACCGAACGGCAGCAAACACUUUACCACAAAAGAAUUUCUGCUUUUAGAGCCUCAGAUUUUUCCCUCGGAAACCUAG